UGCUCAGCGAUGACUAUGGCAAGAUACAGGCCUACGUGGGACUUGGCGCUGGAUCCCUUGGUGUCUUGUAAACUCUGUCUUGGGGAAUAUCCUUUGGAGCAGAUGACAACAAUAGCCCAGUGCCAAUGCAUCUUCUGUACCCUGUGCCUGAAACAGUAUGUUGAGCUGUUGAUCAAAGAAGGACUAGAAACUGCAAUUAGCUGCCCAGAUGCAGCUUGCCCGAAACGAGGUCAUCUACAAGAGAAUGAGAUUGAAUGUAUGGUUGCGUCUGAAAUUAUGCAAAGAUAUAAAAAGCUGCAGUUUGAAAGAGAAGUACUGCUGGAUCCCUGCCGGACAUGGUGCCCAUCUUCUACUUGCCAGGCUGUUUGCCAACUUCAAGAUAUGGGGCCACAAACACCACAGCUGGUGCAGUGUAAGGCAUGCAACAUGGAAUUCUGUUCUUCUUGCAAAGCCAACUGGCAUCCUGGGCAAGGCUGCCAAGAAACAAUGCCAGUCACCUUCCUCCCCGGAGAAACAAGCUCAUCUUUCAAAAUAGACGAGGAAGACGCACCAAUCAAACGCUGCCCAAAGUGCCGAGUGUACAUUGAACGGGAUGAAGGUUGUGCCCAAAUGAUGUGCAAAAACUGCAAACAUGCAUUCUGCUGGUACUGCCUCGAGUCCUUAGAUGAUGACUUCCUCUUAAUACAUUAUGAUAAAGGACCUUGUCGGAACAAGCUUGGUCACUCCAGAGCAUCUGUAAUCUGGCACAGAACGCAGGUGGUGGGCAUUUUCGCUGGCUUUGGCCUUUUGCUGUUAGUGGCCUCCCCUUUCCUGUUACUGGCGACACCCUUUGUCCUUUGCUGCAAAUGCAAGUGUCAUAAAGGUGAUGAUGAUCCCCUGCCAACCUAGACCCAGGGAAGACUGGACUCAUGCCUUUGGGGGAACAUGGUUCUCCCCUCCUCCCACUCCCUCCCCUGCCCUCGCACUCCCCAUUGUCACAGCCUCACGUGCCCCAUCCUGCUUCCCAGCGACACAUGGUGCCAUGAUUCUGGGGACUGAUGUCAAGGCAGUUGCAAAGGCUUGCAGAGGUCCAGCAGGAAUGUGGAAGAUAAGUCAGGCACGGAGUAUCUGUUGUACAGGGGAGAAACAUGUCAGCAGAUUUUUCAAAGGGAGACAUAGCCGGUAAAAUAUGUGAUAACUUUGUAUGUCCAGAGACUAUGGGGAGGGAGGCCAAAAUGGCAGAUCCAUAGCCUAAGAGAUAUUCAAUCGCAAAGCAUUGUCCCUUUAUACCAAUCAGCAUCAAGAUGGGAUCCUCCUCAGUAGAGAAGGGAUUUGAGAAUCACUUGCCACUUCAAACAGAAUCAGUGUGAGCAGAUUUUGGAGAAGACCCCUGUUGAUGACGCUCCAUUUUAUAGUUGGCAUUGCCAAAUCCUUUUCAGUGGGAGUCUUUUUUUUUUUUUCAUCUGGACAGUAGAAAUUGACCGGCUGCCUAGAAACCAUUGCAAGCCCUUUUUGAAGGUGGAGGGGGAAAGAGGAUCAUGUGGGAGGAGAGGAAAAUUGCUGCCUCAAGACUUGUCCAGCUUUGCUGCAUUUUGAAGCAUUUAGAAAGUCUCGUGUGCUUUGUCUUGUUCUGAUGUCUUUUGAAAAGCUGUUAGUUGGAAUAGGGAGGGACACAAACCUCCCCCAUAGAUGUUCUUCGUGAAAAUUACUGCCAUGUUUGAAAGAGCAUCCCUGUCGGUCUUUCUGAAUUUAUAUGGCUGUUUAAGGAUGCACCCCACACAUAGGGCUCAUAAUUUCUUAUACAGGUAUCAGGAUUCUUUUUAUGUCUCUAAACCAAAUGUGUAAAUAGUUCAGUUCAGAAUUGCUAGGGUUUAAGAAACCUGAAGCAGCUUGCUUCUGUCUUAUUAAACAAGGAGAAAGAACAGUGCGGUGUUACUGUCUCAUUCGCUACCUGCAGACUCACUCAAAGCCCAGCAGGGAUUUCUCCUUUAGAAAGCAAGAAAGUUCUCAUCUUUGUGAGACUAGAAGAGUUCCUGGAAUUUGUAUUUCACUUUCAAAAAGGUAUUUAGCUAUUUUAAAAAAAAUACUUUCUUGUCCCAGUGCUGUUAGUAGUCCCACUAUGACCAACAUCCCCCUCCACCCCAGCCCAACAGCCAUUCAGUUUACUGUCUUUUGGGGUUUGGUUAUUUUGUCAACUCUGGUGCUUUGUGAUGGUUUCCAACAUUCAGAAGCUACCUGGAGGCACAUAGCACACAAUCAACCAUAAAAUGCAAAUUACUCAGCAUAUGAGCUCCGAAAAGAAUAGAAAUUGUACACUUUGAAAGUGGUUUGUGAUAAAAUAGACUAAGAGCUACAAAUGUUUUAUGAAGGCAGACUGACAGCUUUGCUUUUGUCACAGAAAUAUAAUAGGUCCUAUUACCAUUAGGCUGGUUCUUUAUACCAUGCUACGUUCCCUGUUGCUUACAUGAUCUGCUGUCCAUGUAAAAAAAAAAUCAAUCCGUGGCUUUUUAUUAGAGAUAUUUUUCUUCUUCUUUAGAAUUCUAUGGACAAGAAGCAAUCUUCCAGAUAGAUUUAAGCAAAAAAAUCCCUGCUUAGGAUAAGAGUUGGCAAGAGCUUUCUAGAUCAUUUGAACAAAUCCCUUCCUUCAUUCUUCAAAGGAGGACUUGGGCCAAGAGAAGGGUUGUGACUUGAACAAAGUCAUUCUAGCAGUAAUUAGAAGAGCUAGGGUUGGGAUCAAGGGGACCUAAGUCCCCAAGACCAGAGUGGUUUCUACCACACUGUCUAACUUUCCCAGUUAUUUCUAUCAGUUUUUCAUUUGAAUAUUUGAACAUUUAUCUCACUUCUCAACUUGUCUUUCUGAAGGUAGAAAUUUUACCCAUGUUGAAAAUAGGGCACCAUUCUGUUUCCUGCCACAUUUCACCCAUAGGGAAUUACAAAAUAAAUUGUCUCUCUUUCACUUCUCUGUCAAGUUUACUAGGGGAACUAAGUCCAUUUUGAAAGCUAGUUGAUAUCCAAUUUACAUUAAUUUUUACUUCCCCUCCAAGUGAUUAUUUUAAAAUUUACCAUUGACUAAAUAAUAAAACCCUUGAGAUAAACCCACAGAAGACUGAGACCCAAACUGUGGGUGUGUUGUGCAUAAUUGUCAAGGAGGCCCCUGGGUAGAGUUCUUUGAUAAAUGGAAGGAGGGGAUUGAAAUCACCUUGGAAAGCAUUAUAUAAGAAGUAACUACUGACAUAAAUGCUAGGAGCCUCAGCAGAGACUCCAUGAAUUAAAUAGCUAGAAGAAUGAUCAGCAAACUACCACACAAUGCAUGGCCAAUGGCCAGCUUUCCAUCACAUUUGGGCUGAUCACAAGGCCUGUGCCCUUCUCCCUGCUGCUUACAACGGCCACUGCUCAUGUCAAUAAUCACAGUCAUUAAUACUCUUCCUAUCCUCCAAGUGUUAGCAUACAUAUACCCUUAUCCUGGCUCAUCAAGCUUAGGUUUUAGCGCUUAGGAAUUUUAGGAUCUUAGAAUCAGAUUCAUAGCAGUGACCUUUCAGGUCAUCUAAUUUAAUCCUUAUCCAGUAGAAGAGUCUCUUCUGUCAUAUUCCUAAUGAUUGGUUGUUCAGCCUUUGCUUGAACAUUUUCAAUGUCAAGAAACUUACUGUCUCAACAAGGCAACCCAUUCUGUUGAUGUAACAAUUUCACUGUAAGAAAAUUCAUCCUCAUGCUAAAGGAUUUUACAUAACAUAAUUUACAUCAUAACAUCUUCCUAAUGAUUUAUAGCUGCAGCGAUGAAGCCUCAGAUGAAUCGUAUCCUUUGAUCAUUACAACUCUCUGAGGUAGGUAGUGUAUUAUUAGCCUCGUUUUGCAAAUGAGGAAACAGAGGCUCAGAGAAAUUAAACUAUUUGCCCAAGUCUCCACCAUUAACUCGUAGUAAUAUUUAAACUUGAAGCAAAGCCUUCUGACUUUAGUCCAGUGCUCUUUCCACUUUGCCAUUUUGGAAAGGUUGCCAAAGGUCCAAACUCCAUCAAUUAUUAAACGAUCAGGUUUCCCUAUCAAGUAUGAGCCCCAUUGCUUGAGGCGUGGAGUCAGUUCCACCUGGGCUAAGAUGUCCAUUUAUAUCCCCACUUGGAGUUGUACCUUGGACUCUGAUUUUCAGUGGGCACUUAGUUGAUAGUGGCAAUAAUUUUUUUUCUUUAAUGCUUUGAAGUUUCUGAAAAAUUUUCAUUACAACAUCCAUUAGCAUAAACAUUGUUACCCCCAUUUUUCUGAUGAGAAAUCUGAGGGUUAAGGUUAUGAAGUGACCCACCUAUGGUCACAUAACUAUGGAGUAGGCCAUUUCAGACACCAGCCUCAGGGACUUAAGUGUAAAAGGGAAUAUUUCUAGGAAAAAAUUUCAUUGUUGGCAGCCAGAAAAGUGUGUAAUUGUUUCAGUGACUGGUGGGUCUUAUGUUCUGCCCUGAGCAUACCUUGGGGUCUGGGUUUGAUUUCUGAGACAAAUGUCAUCUGCCUUACUUUGACAUAAUCAUUUAUGCUGACACAUCUAUGGCAUCAUGUCACGUCUGAUUUCACUGAUACCUCGCCAGUUUUCAUUGAGCCAGUUUUGUCUUUAGUGGGAAACAAAGUUCCUUCUAUGAGUCUCUAAUGAAGAGGUAUCUCAGUAUGAUGUAAAGAGUGCGAGACAGAGUCAAGAAGUUAUGGGUUCAAAUUCCCCCUUCAAAACAUUCUAGCUAUGUGACUAUGGGCAAGUCACAUUGCCUUUCUGAGACU